AUGGGUGUUCCAGCGCUCUUUCGCUGGCUGUCCUCGAAAUACCCCAAGAUUGUCUCACAAGUCAUCGAACACAAGGCUGAAAAUAUUGAUGGCAAUGAAGUCCCGGUGGACAUUACCCAACCUAAUCCUAAUGGAGAGGAAUUCGAUAAUCUAUACCUUGACAUGAAUGGUAUAGUGCAUCCGUGCUCGCAUCCAGAAGACCGACCUCCGCCCGCAAACGAGGAAGAGAUGAUGUUGGCUAUCUUCAAAUACACUGAUCGUGUGGUGAAUAUGGUACGGCCGAGGAAGAUUUUGAUGAUCGCCGUCGAUGGUGUAGCUCCUCGUGCGAAGAUGAACCAGCAGCGAUCAAGACGCUUCAGGUCCGCCAAAGAGGCCAAAGAAAAAGACGAAGACAAAGAGGAGCUGAUGAAGAUGCUCAAGUCACAAAAUGGAGGUCAAUUUGACGAAGGUGCUAUGGCUACGGCGCAAAAAAAAACGUGGGAUAGCAAUGCCAUUACGCCAGGCACCCCUUUCAUGGACAUUCUAGCUGCGAGUCUGCGAUAUUGGUGCGCCUACAAAGCCAACACAGAUCCUGGUUGGGCGAAGCUUAAAGUCAUCAUAUCAGAUGCGACUGUCCCUGGCGAAGGAGAGCACAAGAUUAUGCAAUUUGUCCGAUCACAACGAUCAUCUCCUAAGCAUGAUCCUAACACAAAGCAUGUCAUAUAUGGACUUGAUGCAGAUUUGAUAAUGCUUGGUCUCGCGACGCAUGAGCCCCACUUCCGUGUCUUGCGUGAAGACGUUUUCUUUCAAGAAUCCAAGGCUCGGACUUGCCACAUCUGUGGUCAGAAGGGUCAUAUUGCGGAAGCCUGCAAAGGACAAGCAGCGCCCAAAGAGGGUGACUUUGACGAGAAAGACAAAGCUCUUGGUGACAAACCUUUCAUAUGGCUUCAUGUCGCAGUCUUGCGUGAAUAUUUGGAAGUAGAACUUGAAGUUCCUGGACAGCGCAUGAGAUUUGAUCUUGAAAGAGCACUUGAUGAUUGGAUUUUUAUGUGUUUUUUCGUUGGUAACGAUUUCCUUCCUCAUCUCCCCAGUCUUGACAUCAGAGAAAAUGGUAUCGAUACGCUCAUUGCGAUCUGGAGAGACAACAUCAAUCAGAUGGGCUCAUACUUAACCAAAGAUGGCAAGGUAGACCUUCAGCGUGCACAAUUUAUUCUUGAUGGUCUUGCGAAGCAGGAAGAUGCCAUCUUUCGCCGUCGUAAACAAGCCGAAGAUAGGAAGGAUGACAGGGCAAAGAGACGAAAACUUGAUGAUGAUAGACGGAAAAGCGACCGCGGCCAAUCCAAUGGCCAUGGUUCCCAGCCUUCGGGAAGGCGAGGCUCACCAGAUUACAGCAAUCCAGGAAGUACAGGGAAACGUAAAAGUAUGGACCCAACAGUAGCACCACCAGACCUUCCUCUGUUCGUACCAGGCUCCCGCAAUCCAAGCAAAGAAGAACGUGCGAUUACGCAUGAGAUGGUUGUGAAUCGCGGUGCGGUCUACAAAGCAAAUCAAGCCAACAAAAGUGCUGCUGCCGUUCUCAAGAGUCAACUACUUAACGGCAGCUCGAUCCAAGAUUCCUCAGAAUUGGAAUCCACUGGUGAGGCUGGUGACGAACGCUCUGGAGACUCAAGAGCAGAUCCCGAGGCUAGUGAUGCUCCUGUAUCUGCGUCUAAGAAACGGAAGGCUGAAAUGAUCGAGGACGAUGCGGAAACUGUCGGUCGCAAAGUUCCUGAUGGGGCAGCCGCGAAAGGGGCAGAUCCAGAUGACCCACCGCCCGAUACUGUGCGGCUUUGGGAUGAGGGUUACGCUGAUCGGUAUUAUGAGCAGAAGUUCAAAGUUGACCCAAAAGACAUUGCGUUCCGAAACCAAGUCGCCAGAGACUAUGUCGAAGGCCUCGCUUGGGUGCUUCUAUACUAUUUACAGGGCUGCCCUUCCUGGACCUGGUACUAUCCUCACCACUAUGCUCCCUUCGCUGCCGACUUCGUUGAUCUCAGCGACAUGAAGAUUGAAUUCAGCAAAGGGAAGCCUUUCAAGCCCUUUGAGCAAUUGAUGGGCGUCCUGCCAGCCGCGUCUAACCAUGCUAUUCCAGAGGUCUUCUGGCCUUUAAUGGAAGAUCCAGAAAGCGAAAUCAUCGACUUCUACCCAGCAGAAUUUCCGAUUGAUCUCAACGGUAAGAAAUUCGCGUGGCAGGGGGUUGCCCUUCUUCCAUUCAUUGAUGAGAAACGACUUCUCGAUGCGAUGGCGACGAAGUAUCCACUUCUCUCGGCUGAAGAUGUUGCGAGGAAUGGAUUAGGAAAAGACAAUCUUAUAUUAUCCGACCAACAUCCCUUGUAUGAUGAUAUUGCGACGAAUUUCUACUCAAAGAGACAAGGAGCCCCUAAAUACGACAUGGAUCCUGAUGUUUCAAAAGGCCUCGCUGGCCGAAUAGAGAAAAACGACAGCUUCAUUCCACAAAGUUCUCUGGCAUUACCGCUUCAAGAUGUUGGUGACAGCAUGCCUAGCCUGGAGCAGGAUCAUAGCAUGAGUGUUUAUUACCACAUGCCAUACUCGGUCCACAUUCACAAAUCCAUGCUUCUUCGAGGAGCCAACCCGCCGCCGCGGAUCUUGGAGACGCCGGACAUUGAGGCCACCAAAGCAAAAGCGAGCAGUUCGGGCCGAUCAUUUGGUGGUGUCCCGUUUCGAAAUGGUGAUCGAGGUGGCCGCAUGAAUUAUCGCGGUCGUGGCAACCACAAUCAUUCGGCUCCUCAAUAUGCGAAUCCCAACUUUGUACCUCCGCCUCACAUUGCUGAACGGUUUCCACCCCCUCAAAACCAGGGAUACGCUCCCCAACCACCUGGAAGGGGUGACUACUACGGUAGUGGCCCACCACCACCGACUCGUGGCCCAUACCAGUACGGCGGCUCCCAGUUACCACCUUACUCAGGAUCACCCCAGAGCCACCGAGGAGGGGGUCACUUCAAUGGUCAAGGGCCCCCGCCACCCCCAGGAAAUUACGGACGGGGUAACGACUACUAUGGACAAGCUCCAAGGGGACAGUAUUACGGUGGAAGGUAG